ACCUUCGGAAGUAACAAAGCGGAGCAGUGGCAGAGGCCUUUGCAGGACAUGAAAAGGAAGAGGCUUCUGGGAAAUGGAGACUGGCUCUGAAAGAAGCAGCGGAUCUCUCUGGAUGGGAGUUGAAGAACACUGCUGAAGGGCAUGAAGCUAAAUUCAUCCAAAAAAUAGUUGAAGACCUUUCACUAGAGUUACGUGCCAUCAGUUUCAACAUUGAUGAAAAGUUAGUUGGAAUGGAGUCCCGGGUCAUGGAUGUAGUAUCAUGUUUAGGAACCGGUUCUGAUGAUGUCCGGAUGAUUGGGAUAAAGGGAAUGGGAGGUGGUGGGAAGACAACUUUGGCCAGAGCUGUUUUUGAUCGCACAUCCUUUCAGUUUGAAGGUAAAAGCUUCGUGCACAAUGUUAGGGAAGUUUCGAAUGCUUCUUUGUCCGGUUUGAAGUCUUUGCAAAAACAAGUCCUUCGGGACAUUUUAAAUGAUAAAGGCAUCAAUGUAAGUAGUGUUUUUGAUGGGAAAGAAAUAAUGAAAAAGAUGAUGCGUCAUAGGAAGGUUCUUAUUGUUCUAGAUGAUGUGAAUCGUAUAGACCAGCUUGAGGCGUUAGCUGGUGAUCUUAAUUGGUUCAAGCUAGGAAGUAGAAUUAUAAUCACAACAAGAGAUGAGCAAGUUCUUUUAGCACACGGAGUAGAAUUCGUUCGUGAUGUCAGUCUAUUAUCGAACAAGGAAGCAAUUUGCCUUUUCAAGACGUAUGCAUUUGGCAGAGAGAUUCCAAUUCAACGAUACAAAGAGUUAUCAAAACAAGUUGUAAGCUAUGCCGCUGGUCUUCCCUUGACGAUUAAAGUUUUAGGUUCGCUUCUGUGUGGUAAAAAUGAGCUUGAAUGGGAAGAUGCCCUAAAAAGAUUAAAAACAAUUCCGCUUGCAGAAACUCUGAAAAUAUUGGAAUUAAGCUAUACCAAUCUAGAAGACGAUUACAAGGAAAUAUUCCUAGAUAUUGCAUGCUACCUAAAAGGUUGGGAGAGAAACAAAGAAAUCAAAGUACUUGAAAGUUGUAGAUUUCAUGCUAGAAUUGGUUUACGAGUUCUAGAGCAAAAAUCUCUCAUAACUUUUAAUUGUGAUUCUUAUGAUUAUGAGUGGGUGGGAAUGCAUGACCAUCUUAAGGAAAUGGCUAUGAAUAUUAUUCGUCGCUCGCACCCCGAUGAGCCUCACAAGCAUAGCCGAUUAUGGAAAAUCGAUGAAAUUGAAGAUAUAUUGGCCAAUGAUUUGGGUAGAAAAGCAACAAGAUGUAUACAAUUCCACACUAAGAAAUUCAAUCCGCAUAUUCUUAUAAAAGGUCUGAGAAAUAUGAAGGAACUUAGAUUUUUUUCUGUUCGUGGAGAUACUUCCAAUGAUUUUAAGUUUCGUAUAGUCAGUCCACACUUCCCAAAUGCUAUACGAUAUCUCCAUUGGACCGAUUACCCUUUUAGGACUUUACCCAAAACAUUUCAAGCAAAUAAUCUUGUUGCACUUGAGAUGGAUGGCAGCAAAAUUGUACAGCUUUGGGAAGGGGGAGAAAGAAAGGUUCUUUACAAGCUCAGAUUCCUUGACCUCAGUUGUUCAAGUUUGAGGACCCUUGACCUUGGGCUGGCUCCAAACCUUGAAGAGUUGAUUCUUGUUGGAUGCAAGAAUUUGGAAAAACUUCACUUUCCUGGAAGAUGUCUAAAUCUAAGAUGCUUACUACUCACUAAUUCUAAGUUGAGGACCCUUGACAUUGGGCAGACUCCGAAUCUCGAGAAGUUAGAUCUUCAAAAGUCAUAUUGUUUGGAAAAACUUCUCAUAGCCAAUGAAUGUCAAAAGCUCGCCGAACUCAAAAUUAGUCAUUCAAAUUUGAGGACCCUUGACAUUGGGAUGACUCCAAAUCUCAAGAAGUUAGUUCUCACAGAGUGUCGUAAAUUGGUAAAACUUCGCACUUCCAUUGGAUGUCUAAAAAAGCUUGUCCAUGUAAACUUAAGUGAUUGUGUGAGGUUUAGAUCUUUUUUGUUUACAUCAAAAAAUUAUACAUAUGGUAGUGUGGACGAAUCACUUGCAGUUGCUCCUUUAGCUGAGUUAAAUCUAACUGUGAAAUCCCUAGAAAGUUGCCCGCUUCACCCUAAAAGUAACUUGCCAAAGUUUUGGUUUAAAUAUUUUCAUACAGAAGAUCGACCCUCAUUGACUAGAAAUCUUGAGAUGCUUUUAUCUGUAGGUAUGUGUGCUUGCACAAACCUUGAGAUGUUUUCAAGAAGCAUUUGCGGUUUACAACGUUUAAUAAAGCUUAGAUUUAAAGGUAGUUUUCUAGAGGUGACCAAGGACCUUGACCAGUUGGAAUCUCUCGAGGAGCUAAUAUUGUUUUCUACAAAGAUAAACCAUCUUCCAGAUAGCAUUUGUAAGUUGAAGCAUCUGAAAUCUCUUGAACUUGAUGAUAUACGGCUACUUGAGAGGUUACCUGAGGAUCUUGGCCAAAUAGAAUGUCUAGAGAGGCUCAGUUUGUUGUCUAUAGAUAUUAAACACCUCCCUGAUAGCAUUUGUAUGUUGAAACAUCUUAAAUCCCUCAGACUUAUAUUCUGUAGUCUUCUUGAGAAGUUACCCGAGGAUCUUGACCAAUUACAAUGUUUAGAGGAGCUAAUCCUAACUAACUGCAAGUUUUUACAAGAUAUCCCGAAUAGCAUUUGCAUGUUGAAACGCCUGAAAAAUCUUCAACUUCAUGAAUGUUCGCUGCUUGAGAAGUUACCAGAGGAUCUUGGCCAAUUAGAAUGUUUAGAGAACUUAAGCCUAUGGAAGAAUGAGUUUUUACAAGAUAUUCCGAAUAGCAUCUGCGAGAUGAAAUGUCUAAAAUAUCUUAAUCUCUACAAAUGUAUUCGAGUUGAGAAAUUGCCUGAGGAACUUGGAUGUUUGGAAUGUUUAAAAGAGUUACAUAUAAAUGGUACAAGCAUAAGUCAUCUUCCCCAGAGCAUUCUUUCGUUGAAUGGUCUGGGUAUUAUUGGGCCAAUACAGCUUCUUAAGUCGUGUGGGUUUGCACCCAUGAUGCAGAUACCCACAGAUACCUACAGAUAUAAAAUACAUUAUUGGGUACGGGUACCCAUAAUUCAGGCACACACAACAGGAGUCUCCUCUACCAUACUCCACGGAUGAUUUUGAGAAGUUUUGUGGCCCAGAAAAGACAACUCAAAAGCACUAUUGUAAAAGGCAGAUGCAUCUGGUCUGUUCUUCUUCAACAAGCGUGGGAACUGGGAUGAAUAUUUAUUAAUUGAGAUUAGUUUGGUAUCUAUGUAAGGGAAUGUAUUUUUAUCUCAAGCCAUGUUAC